UGUCAGGAGGAGACGCCAGUUUGUGUCCCAGCUCCCUCGCCAAUGGCGAAUCACGACGCCCUAAUUCCAAAGCAGAAGAGCAAGGAGAAGCCCACGCACCUUCAUUGUACACAAACGGAAACAGGGUUAACACAUGCAUCAUGCGCUCAUUGCAUUGCUAAAAGCCUAGAACAGUGCUUUAAAUCGAAGAAUUAAUUCGCAGCAGCGGCGAAAAAGCAGCCGAAACUGUCAUGGCCGCGAGAGAAGAGAAGAGGACGGAGGACGACUUGCAGCAGGGUCACAGGAAACGCAGCUGCACGCCAACAACCCAUGUCUUUUUUCUUCAGCCUCUGUCUCAUCUGCUUUUUCAUCUUCUUCCAGUCAAUGCCUGAGCAGCGAUGAGCGCGCUUGUUCUGUUCGAGUAGAAUUUGGGUUCCCCUCCGCAAGGGAGAAUGUUAAAGAUGAGAUUUUUUUUCCUUCUCAGUUGGGGAAUGCUCUUGUCUCGGUUAGCAUUCGUCUGUUUUUUUGUUGCUUUGCUUGCCUGCUCGUUUCAAACAACCUCGUCGCCGGCUUCUUGUUUCGAGCUUGUGCGAUCUCUAGUUCUGCUUCUUCUCUGUGUGGCUUCGUUUUGCGUCCGAAUCAGUGGUAAAAAUUCAAUCUUGGGGAACCUCUGUUGUUCUUUUCCGCGUCCUCGCAGUUGUUUUGGUGGUUUCUCCAUGGACGGCCAGAGCCCUAGCAAAACCCUCAUCUUCCUCGCCUUGUUCGCCAUCCAAGCUUUCUCGCAGAUCGGGCCCUCCGAGCCCUUCCUUUCGGCGUCGCCGGCGCCUUCUCCGCUUGGCCAGACGCCCCAAUUCGCCCUCAAUGUCCGCCUUCGCCGGAUGAUCCUCGGCGCCCUCUUCGGCUCCGUCACCGGCUUCCUCGCCUCCCUCCUCUUCCUCCUCUCCGUCCGCCUCCUCCUCCUCUGCGCCUGCCGCGCGCCCGUUCUCCAAGGCCCCGUCGUCUUCUCGCCCGCCAUCUCCCCCAAAACCCUCAAGUCCGCCCUCUCCACCGAUGCCCAAUUGAUCCCCAACGGGAAGUACCGCCGCCUUAUCCUCGACGACGCCGGGCUCGCCGUGGCCACCAAGAGGCUUGAGCUGGGCGCCCACGCGGGCCCGCCGGGGAACUCCGACUCCCUCAAGCGCCGAGUGCAGCGCGAGCUCGAACUGCUCGCGAGGGUGAAGCACCGGAACGUGAUGAGCCUGAUGGCUUACAUCUGCGAGCAAGAGCACGUCUGGGUGGUCUACGACCUCAUUGCCGGAGGAAGCCUGGAGGAAGCACUGGUGCGGGUGCGCGCGCAGCAGCUGAAGCUUGGCUGGGACGCCAGGCAUCGGAUCGCGGUCGGCGUGGCGAAGGGGCUGAGGCACCUCCACUUCGAGUGCUCCCACAGGAUUCUGCACCAUGGCUUGAAACCAUCGAAUGUGAUGCUCGAGGAAGGAUUUGAGCCAAGACUAGCAGAUUUUGGACUGCCGACGCUCGUAAGCUCCCGGACGGAUGCACCAAGCACUGCUCACUACGCCGCCCCUGAAUCUUUCCAAAGUCGCAGGUACACAGACAAAAGUGACAUUUAUAGCUUCGGAAUGAUCCUCGGCGUGCUCCUCACCGGAAAAGAUCCGUCCGAUCCGUUCUUCGCCGGAGACACGGGGCGAGGCAGCUUGGGCAGAUGGAUCAGGCACCUGCAGCAAGCUGGAGAUGCGCGAGAUGCCUUGGACAAGGCUUUGUUAGGCGAAGAGCUGGAGGAGGAAGAAAUGCUGAUGGCAAUCAGAAUUGCCAUUGUCUGCAUGUCAGAUUUGCCGGCCGACCGACCGUCGAGCGAUGAGCUGGUGGCGAUGCUUACCCAACUACAUAGCUUCUGAAAUCGCCCUAUCCACAGUGAUAGCGAUGAUCCAGAACCUCUGAAUUCCAGCACUGGACAUUUGUUCUUCUUUAGCUCCUCCUGUAUACAAUCUAAAUGCAUUGCCGAUGAUCGGAGCUUUGUUUGGUGCUUGGCAUUGUAGGGAUGCAGAAUGCUUGUGUUCUAUCAUAUCAUUCGGUCGAUCCACUCUUA